CGAACUAAAAUGAAGUGCCUAAUCAUUUUUACGCUAUUAAGUCUAAUACCUUUUGUGAUUUAUGCCAAAAUAACAAACGAUUGGGAACACAUAGACAACAGAACUGUUCCGGACUGGUACGAUAAAGCCAAAGUGGGAAUAUUCGUGCACUGGGGACUGUUUGCUGUUCCAGGAUUCUCAGACGAAUGGUUCUGGAACGAGUGGAGGGCUCAAAGUAAGGAGGAGGUCGUUCGGUUUCUAAACAAAACGGAGAAACCCGGAUUUACUUAUCAGGAGUAUGCCACGAGGCUCACAGGCGAGUUUUUCAAUGCAACCCAGUGGGCUGAUUUAUUUAAGAAAUCUGGUGCAAAGUAUGUGGUAUUCACUAGUAAACAUCAUGAAGGUUUUACCAUGUGGCCUUCUAAAUACACCUACUCAUUUAAUUCAGUUGAUAUGGGUCCACAUAAGGAUAUAGUGAAGGAAGUCAGUGAGGCAGUAAAAGCUUGCGGUUUAAAGUUUGGUGUUUAUCAUUCUUUAUUAGAAUGGUUUCAUCCGCUGUACAUUGCUGAUCAACAAGAGAACACCACAUACUUUAUAGAUCAAAAAGUAUAUCCAGAAAUGGUGGAGCUAGUAAACAACUAUAAGCCAGAUAUAUUUUGGUCCGAUGGGGAGUGGGACAUGUCCGAUGAGUAUUGGAGAGCCACCGAGUUUUUAACGUGGCUUUUUAACGAGAGUCCAGUCAAAGAUACCGUUUUAACGAACGAUAGAUGGGGCAAAAAUACUCCGUGUGUCCAUGGAGACAUCCAUACCUGCAUUGACAGGUACAAUCCAGGAGUAUUGCAGGGUCAUAAAUGGGAGAACGCCAUGACCAUUGAUUGGCACUCGUGGGGCUACAGGAGAAACUCAAACAUUGACGAAUAUGCUAGCAGCAAGCAACUUAUAGAGCUUUUAAUCGAAACGGUAAGUUGUGGCGGGAACAUUUUAAUCAAUGUGGGACCUACGAAAGAAGGCCAUAUUGACCCGAUAUAUCAAGAAAGGCUAAUCGAUUUAGGCAACUGGCUAAAUGUUAAUGGUGAGGCCAUAUAUGAAAGCAAUCCUUGGAUAGAACAUCAGAAUGAUACGGUUACCAGUGGAGUAUGGUUUACGCAAAAAAAUGGAAAUAUAUAUGCGUCAGUACUUGAGGUGUCUACGCUAUUCAAUGAGUCUACACAAGUUGAAUUGCUUGGUGCUAGUGGACGGUUGGAUUGGUCUCUGGAUGAAGGAGUUGUGACCGUUCAGAUGCCCGAUAAAGCAACCGUUUGGGGUAACGAUGCUUGGAUGUUAAAAAUAUACAGAGAAUAAAGUUAAAAAAAAAUAUUUGCACACAGGCAGUAAUGUUAUUAUUACCUAAAAUCAGGUAAUAACCUUGGUCAGUAAAAUUUAUUUAUUACAUUAUAAUUUGUUGCCUUAUUUUUAUGUUGUUUUUUUUUAAUAUAUAUUUACCUUUU